AUGUGGAAAAUUUGGAAACAUAAAUGCAUAACAGUCUUUGAAGGAAAAACUAUACACCCUGACAAUAUUAUCAUGAGCAUUAGAAACUUGUGCACAAAAUAUAACAUUGUAGGAUGUGAUACUAACCCUUCAUGCAGGAAUCAAGUCACUAAAAUCAAAAGAAAAUGGGAGAAACCUCCUGAAAAUUGGUGGAAACUAAAUUUUGAUGCUGCUUUUAAUAAAGAUAACAAAACCUGUGAGAUUGGUCUAAUUUUAAGAGAUUGUGCAGGGAGAUAUUUGGAGACCAUGGUGAAAGCAUCAAAAGCCAGAGAUGAUGAACAGGGAGAAGGUUUAGCUCUCCUAGAAAUUGUGGAAUGGAUAACAAGUAGGGGCUGGAGAAAUGUUAUCAUUGAAGGAAAUUGCAAGACUGUCAUUGAAGCCGUGACUUUAAAUUUUGUUAAUGCUAACUGGAAGGACCAUAAUCUUCUUUGA